CAUCCUUAACAUUGAGUAUUAUUCAUAUUGACAAAUGGAUACUAAGGUAGCAAUGAGACAAAGAAUGAUAUAACAGAAUCAAUGUUUCGACUACAAGUCUUCUUCAGGAAGGAAACUAGAAUUAUCAACAAAGGGCUGGAAAAGCAACAAAGAAAAAUUAUAGAAGCUGCUUACAUCUUAGAAAAGAACAUAAACAGCAUAGCAGGAGACUACAAGUGAGCAGAAAUGGCAGUGAGCCCAGUGAGAUGAGAGCAGGGCACUGAUUAGUCGGGUGGUGGUUGACAGACAGUGAUAAUGGACCAAUCAGAGAGUGACACAGUGCAGUGACCAGAACCUAAUAUAUGCCCUUGUAAAGCACUAUGGUGUCGCACUCUCCAGAAGAAGACUUGUAGUCGAAACGUAGAGACAAUAAAGAUCCUGUUAUAGCAUUUUUAGUCUCAUUGCUACCUUAGUAUCCAUUCCUAGCAUUGUUGGUGUAGAGCAGCAUUUAUAGUAUAGCAAAUAUAGCUAAUUUAUUGCAUUCUUUAUCAAUAGAUAAAAUUUUUAAAAGUCUGUAUUUUAGUUACAUUAUGUUUGAAAUUAACAGAAUUUCACAAUGUUUUUUUAUUUAACGAUUAUUUGGGAUCAGAGAGGACCCUAUCUGAACUUAAGUGCAUGUAAAGUUUAAGCAAGUACACUAAAAUCCAUUUCAUAGCUCAUUUUAUUUUAUUACAACACAUUUAUUUCAAAAUGUCAGGUAGAAAAAAAAUAUGUAAUAACAGAUGUAGUAUAAAGAUUCAAGGAAACUACCAGCUUGUGAAAGAUAUUGGGAUAAUGUAAAUUUUGACAUUUAUGUUUAUCAAAGACUUAGUAACCUUCUUAAAGAACCCUAGUUCUAAUUUCUUACCUGUUUCUCUACAUUUUAACAGCAAGCUUUGAUAAAAAAAAAUAUAAAGGUGACACUCUGAAGUAACUAUGGAAGUAUUAAAGGAGAAGGUGGGUCCUUUUUCUGAUGAAGUACAGGAUGCCUUGUUGGGUAUGAAAUUGGCAAAAAAUGAAGAAGAAACUUUUACAUUACCCAGUACAACAGAAGCUGAUUCCUUAGAAGAAAGAUCUUCACAUACCAUUUCUCAUACCAUUGGUGUAGCAGAAGAAAAGUAUGACGUACUUCCAGAGAAGACUGAGAACACAUUUGACAGAGAGAAAACUGGACAAUCGGAUGACUUGCAACAAAAUGAAAUUAUUUCUAAGUUCAGUGAUAGUGUUGAUGAUAAUGGUCUAAAUAGCUGGAAGGAUGAUGUUAUGAAUGAGAAAAAUGAAAAUGAUGUGCAAAAGAUCAACUCUGGAUUAGAAGGUACAUCUGAUGUAAAGACAGAAAUGAGCAACGGUUGUGGAAAUCAGUUCCCUGGUGAUCGUGUUUUAACACAAGAAGAUUUUCAUACAGAAACCAGCAAGUCUCAAAAAUCAAAAACUAGUGAUGUGGUUGGAAAAAGUACUUCAAGAGAAAAUAUAGUAAAACAUUAUCAGAAACCACACAAAUGUGUAGUGUGUAGCAAAGUAUUUGGAAGAAGAAGUGACCUAAAAAUACAUGAGAGAAUUCAUACUGGGGAGAAACCAUACAUUUGUAUAGUUUGUGGAAAAGAAUUUGGAAGGAAUAGUGAAAUGAAAAAGCAUGAGAGGAUACACACUGGUGAGAAACCCUAUAGUUGUGUAGUGUGUGAAAAAAAGUUUGUAAGAAGUGGUGAUCUGAAAAUACAUGAGAGAAUUCAUACUGGGGAGAAACCAUAUAGAUGUGAAAUUUGUGGAAAAGAAUUUGGAAAAAAUAGUAACCUAAAAAUACAUCAGAGAAUACACACUGGAGAGAAACCAUACAGUUGUGUAGUGUGUGGUAAAGGAUUUGGAAUAAUUGGUAACCUAAAAAUACAUCAGAGGAUACACACAGGAGAGAAGCCAUAUAGCUGUGUAGUGUGUGGUAAAGAAUUUGGAACAAAUAGUGAAGUGAAAAAGCAUGAAAGGAUACACACUGGAGAGAAACCUUACAGUUGUGUAGUGUGUGGCAAAAAAUUUGGAAGAAGUGGUGACUUAAAAAUACAUCACAGAGUUCAUACUGGGGAGAAACCUUAUUGUUGUGGAAUCUGUGGAAAAGAAUUUGGAAUAAAUAGUAACUUAAAAAUACAUGAAAAAUCACACACUGGGGAGAAACCAUACAGGUGUGUAGUGUGUGGCAAAGAAUUUGGAAGAAGUUGUAGCCUGAAAAUACAUCAAAAGAUACACACUGGUGAGAAACCAUACAUCUGUGUAGUGUGUGGCAAAGAUUUCAUAACAAACAGUGAACUGAAAAAACAUGAGAGGAUACACACUGGUGAGAAACCCUAUAGUUGUGUAGUGUGUGGCAAAAAAUUUGGAAGAAGUGGUGAUCUGAAAAUGCAUCAGAGAGUCCAUACUGGGGAGAAACCAUUCACUUGUGAAACUUGUGGGAAAGAAUUUGGAAAUAAUAGUCAUCUAAAAAUACACCAAAAAUUGCAUACUGGGGAGAAACCAUACCGUUGUGAAGUGUGUGGCAAAGACUUUGGAACAAAUAGUGAAGUGAAAAAACAUGAGAGGAUACACACUGGCGAGAAACCCUAUAGUUGUGUAGUGUGUGGUAAAAAAUUUGGAAGAAGUGGUGACCUAAAAAUACAUGAGAGAGUUCAUACUGGAGAGAAACCAUACAGUUGUGGAAUCUGUGGGAAAGAAUUUCGUAUAAGUAGUAACCUAAAAAUACAUCAGAGAAUACACACAGGGGAGAAACCGUAUAUCUGUUCAUCAUGUGGGAAAGAUUUUGUGAGUAAAAGUGACCUAAAGAAACAUGAGAGUAUACAUACUAUGGAAAAACCAUACAGUUGUGUAGUGUGUGGCAAGAAAUUUCAAAGGAGUAGUAACUUAAAAGAUCAUGGAAGAAUACACACUGGGGAAAAACCAUACAGCUGUGUAAUAUGUGGCAAAGAAUUUAUAAGUAAUAACAGUUUAAGAAAACAUGUCUUAAGAACACAUGAAAAGACGCAUUCUUAUGGAACCAUGGAAGAAUUAAAGAUGAAAGUUGAACCCUAUUCUGAUGAGGAUCAUGAUGCUUUAGGAAGUAUUCAGCUGAUGAAAAAUGAAGCGGAAACUUUAACACUAACUGAUACUUGUAGUACUGCAGGAGAAGCUGAUUCCUUAGAAGAAAGAUCUUCACAUAUUAUUUUGAAGUUUGGUGUAACAAAAAGAGAACAAGAAGAGAACUAUGAUAGACUUCCAAAGAAGACUGAGACCACACUUGUCAGAGAGAAAACUGAACCUGAUGCCUUACAACAAGCAGGGGUUAUUUCAAAGUUCAGUGACAGUGAUAAUGAUGAUAAUGAUCUCAGUAGUGUAAAAUACAUUGUCAUGAAUGUGAAGAAGGAAAAUGAAUAUCAAGAAGAUUUGCAACAAAUUGACCCUGGGUUAGAAGAUACAUCCGAUGAAAAGACUGACAAGAAAAGCUGUGGUGGAAAUCAGUUUCAAGGUUUUUGUGUUUUAACACAAGAAGAUUCUCAUUCAGAAAUCAGGAAAUCUCAGAAGCCAAAAACUAGUGACAUCUUUGGGAAAAAUACUUCAAGAGGAAAUAAUCUCAAACAGUAUGAGAUACCUUAUAUUGAGGAGAAACCAUACAAUUGUGCAAUCUGUGGCAAAGAAUUUGUAAGAAGUUUUAACCUAAAAAUACAUCAGAGGAUACACACUGGGGAGAAACCUUACAGUUGUGUAGUGUGUGGCAAGGAAUUUAUAACAAAUAGUGACAUGAAAAAGCAUAAUAUUAUACAUACUGGUGAAAAACCAUACAGCUGUGUAGUUUGUGGCAAAUAUUAUGGAAGUAGAAGUUACAUAAAAAUACAUGAGAGGAUACACUCUGGAGAGAAACCAUACAGCUGUGUAUUGUGUGGUAAACAAUUUGGAAGAAGUGGUCAACUGGCAACACACGAGAGGAUACACACUGGUGAGAAACCUUACAGUUGUGUAUUGUGUGGUAAACAAUUUGGAAGAAGCGGUCAACUAAGAAGACAUCAGAGAGUUCAUACUGGUGAGAAACCAUACAGUUGUGAAACCUGUGGAAAAGAAUUUGGAAUAAAUAGUAACCUAAAAACACAUAAAAAAUUACACACUGGGGAAAACCAUAUGGUUGUGAAAUCUGUGGAAAAGAAUUUUUUCAUUCUUGGCCAGCUCAAGAAAAUGGAGCAGACUGGUGAUCUAAUGGGAGAUGAGAUUAUUUCAAAGUUCAGUGACAGUGAUAAUAAAGAUCUGGAUACUUUAGAAUAUGUUGAAACAGACAUGAACGAAAAAACUGAAUUUAAAAACGAUGAACAACAAAUUUGUUCUGGUUUAGAAAAUACAUCAGAUGUAAAGACCAACGUGAACAACUGUUAUGGAAAUCAAUUAUCUGGAUCUGGUGAUCAUGUUUUAACACAAGAAGGUCCCUUUACAGAAACAAAAAUUGAAAAAUCUCAGAAACCAAACAAUUCAACUAGAGAUAACCUAAAACAAUCUCAUAUCUCUUCUAGUGGUGACAAGCCAUACAGCUGUGAAAUGUGUGGCAAACAGUUUGGAAGUUAUAGUAACCUAAAAGUACAUGAGAGGAUACACACUGGAGAGAAACCAUAUAGCUGUGUGGUGUGUGGUAGAGAAUUUGCAACAAGAGGAAACCUAAAAAAACAUGAGAGAAUACACACUGGGGAGAAACCAUACAGUUGUGUAGUGUGUGGCAGAGAAUUUGUAGGUAGUAGUAACUUAAAAAAACAUGAGAGAAUACACACUGGGGAUGACCCAUACAGCUGUGUAAUAUGUGGCAAAGAAUUUGGAACAAAAGGUAACCUACAAGUUCAUGAGAGGAUACACACUGGGGAGAAGCCAUACAGUUGUGUAGUGUGUGGCAGAGAAUUUGGAACAAAAGGUAACCUAAAAAAACAUGAGAUUAUACACACUGGAGAGAAACCAUUUAGCUGUAUAGUGUGUGGAAAAAAAUUUGGAAGAAGUAAUACUCUAAAAGCACAUCAGAUGAUUCAUAAUACAAGAAAAACAUAUAAUUGUGCAGUUUGUGGUGAAAAAUGUGUAUGUAGUAAUAACUUUGAAAAAUAUGAGACAAUACACAUUGAGGAGAAACCAUAUAGUUGUGUAAUCUGUGGAAAAACGUUUGGAAGAAAUAGUUAUCUAAAAAAACAUGAAAAAACACAUACAGGAGAGAAACCAUACAGUUGUGUUGUUUGUGGUGAACAAUUUGUAUGUAACAGUAACUUAAAAAAACAUGAGACAAUACACACUGGUGAAAAACCAUAUAGUUGUGUAAUAUGUGGAAAGAAAUUUCGAAGAAAUAGUUAUCUAAAAAGACAUGGAAGAAUACAUACAGGAGAGAAACCUUACAGUUGUGUAGUGUGUAACAAAAAAUUUAGAACAAAUAAUAAAUUAAAAAUGCAUCAGAGAGUACACACUAUAGAAAAAACAUAAAGUUGUGUAAUAUGUAGAAAAAUAUUUGCAAAAAAUUCUGAUAGAAGAAUACACGAGAAGAUGCACACUGAAAAGGAAUUUUUGAUGUGAAGUAAGUAAGAAAAUGUUAAGAAGAAAUUAUAACCUAAAAAUAUGUGAGAGGAUACACUGGGGAGUAAUUAUACAGUUCUUAAGUACGUGGAAAAAUAUUCAUAUAAAAAUACAUGAGAAAAUUCAUAUCUAGAAGAAACCAUACAGUUGUGAAGUCUGUUUAAAACCUUUCUGAAAAAUUAUUUCUUUUAAAAACAUGAGAAAAUACACACUUGGGAGAAACCAUAUGGUGUGUUGCAAAGAAAACAUCUAAAGAUACACACUAGAGUUAAAUUUUAACACUGAAGUAUGUGGCAAAAAACAUUCAGUAGACACAUAGUGGAGAGAAACUACAGUUGUGUUGUAUGUAGCAAAAAUAAUUUGAAAGUUAUAAUCAUCUUAAUAAAACACUAGAGGAUUCAUACUUAGGAUAAAACAUAGAAGUACAAAAUGUUUACAGUUAUAGUGUACAGUUGUGACAGGGUACACUUGCAUGGUUUAUCUGUGAAACCACAUUAGCAUAGUGUGUGGAAAAGUAUGUGUAACCCUAAAACAUCAGAACUACAAACAGUAGAGAAAGCAACCAGGUAUGAUGUCUCUAGCUAGGACUUUUAAGGUAGUCUUUAUUUAGAAAAGCAGAGAGAAGAGGAACAAGUAAGAUAUGUGGAGUGUGAAGUGUGGUACAAAGAACUUGAGAGACAAAUUUUAUAUAAUGUAAAUAAAAUCUUAUUUAAUGGUUGUCAGUUUUUGAGUAAAGAAAAAUCUCUUUGAUUAUCAGAAUAUUUAUUACUUAAAUCUAAAGAUUUGUCCACAUAUAACAACAAUUAAAUUGACUAUUUAAUGUUAACAGAUUAGUUAUGUCAGGUGAGUUUUAUAUAAUGCAACCUUUAUAUCAGUGGUUCCCAAGCUUUUUUCACUGAUGACAUUCUAACCCACUUGUUUGGAUUUGCAUAACAUCUCUGCUGCCACAUGCAUUUUUUUUUUCUGUAGUUUUUUCUUUUCUUAAUUAUUCUUUUUUUGGUGAAAUUCAUGACACACAGUUUAUAAAACACUGCUUUUUAUAGUUAAGAUUUGGUUUUUUUGAAGUGGUAUUUGUUUUUCUCAAGUUAAGCCUACAACAAUGAAGUAUUUAUGUUAAGGCUGUUGCAAUUGGACACCAAUUAGUAUUAUAGUUCCCAGUAAUCAGCUUGUCAGGCUAUGGGUCUGUCGGGAGCUUACUUUUUAGUAGUAUACUAGACCACCAUGACCGUUGGGUCAACUACUAUUCAGAGGUUAUGAAGAAUUCAAGCUAAUUUCAAUAUUGCACUGAAAUGAAGGUUUAUUUUGAGAUAAUUUAAUUAAAUA